AUGGCGUCUGAACAGCAACGUUUGCCCACCCGUGAGAGGCGCCCCUCCACCUCCGCCCCGAUUGUAGACAUUCAGGGUGCAGUCGGCCCCGCAGGCAUCUCCCGCCCAAAACACACCCGAACUGCCACUGGUUUCGGUCCCAGUGAGAUCAAGAGCUUUGAAGCCUCGAUUCCCGAACCUCAGCGUGAAGCAUGGAAGCGCAACCAGUCUAGUGGCUUUACUGGCAAAGACGGCUUCGAGAAAGAGGUUGUCCGCCACGUCGAGACCACUCUUGCCCGCUCUGUCUUCAACUGCGAUGAACAUGCUGCCUACUCUGCUACCAGUCUGGCUUUCCGUGAUCGCCUGAUCCUCGAUUGGAACAGAACUCAACAGAGACAGACUUAUCGCGACUCCAAGCGCGUGUACUACUUCAGUCUCGAGUUCUUGAUGGGCCGUGCUCUUGACAAUGCUAUGCUCAACGUGGGUCAGAAGGAUACUGCAAAGGCCGGUCUUGCUGAGCUUGGCUUCCGAAUCGAGGACAUCAUCACACAAGAGAAUGAUGCUGCGCUGGGUAACGGCGGUCUUGGCCGACUCGCAGCCUGUUUCCUCGACAGUCUGGCCUCCCUCAACUACCCCGCUUGGGGUUACGGUCUCCGAUAUCGAUAUGGCAUUUUCAAGCAGGAAAUUGUCGACGGAUACCAAGUCGAGGUGCCUGAUUACUGGCUUGACUUCAACCCCUGGGAGUUCCCACGACACGACGUGACUGUUGAUAUUCAAUUCUUUGGAAAUGUUAGAAAGACCACUGAUGAGAAUGGCAAGUCCGUUGCUCUUUGGGAGGGUGGUGAGAUCGUUCAGGCCGUUGCCUACGAUGUUCCCAUCCCCGGCUACGACACACCCACAACAAACAAUUUGAGACUGUGGUCCAGCAAAGCUUCUGGAGGAGAGUUUGACUUCCAGAAGUUCAACAAUGGUGAUUACGAGAGUUCAGUUGCCGAUCAACAACGAGCUGAGACCAUCAGCGCUGUUUUGUACCCCAACGACAAUUUGGAGCGUGGAAAAGAACUUCGGCUGAAGCAGCAGUACUUUUGGGUUGCUGCCUCGUUGUACGAUAUCGUUCGCCGUUUCAAAAAGUCUAACCGCCCUUGGAAGGAGUUUCCCGAUCAGGUGGCUAUCCAGCUCAACGAUACCCACCCUACAUUGGCCAUCGUGGAGUUGCAGCGAAUUCUCAUUGACAUUGAGCACCUUGAAUGGGACCUGGCAUGGGAAAUUGUCGUGAACACCUUUGGCUACACCAAUCAUACUGUGCUGCCCGAAGCCCUGGAGAAAUGGCCUGUUGGUCUGAUCCAGCACCUUCUACCUCGACACUUGCAGAUUAUUUACGAUAUCAAUCUGUUCUUCCUCCAGAAGGUCGAGAAGGCAUUCCCCAAUGAUCGAGAUAUCUUGAGAAGAGUGUCCAUCAUCGAGGAAUCUCAAACAAAGAUGGUACGCAUGGCGUACCUGGCUAUUGUUGGAUCACACAAAGUCAACGGUGUUGCUGAAUUGCACUCGGAUCUCAUCAAAACCACUAUCUUCAAGGAUUUUGUCGAGAUCUACGGCCCUGACAAGUUUACCAACGUGACCAACGGCAUCACCCCUCGCCGCUGGCUCCACCAGGCCAACCCUCGCCUUUCGGAGCUCAUUGCUUCUAAGGUUGGGGGUAAUGGCUUCCUCAAAGACCUCACCACUCUAAAUCAGCUCGAGAAGUAUGCUGAUGACAAGGAAUUCCGUAAGGAAUGGUCCGAGAUCAAGUAUGCCAACAAAGUCCGACUCGCUAAGCUCAUUAAGUCGGCCGUGGGUGUCACUGUGAACCCUGCGGCAUUGUUUGAUGUUCAAGUCAAGAGAAUCCACGAGUACAAGCGACAGCAGCUCAAUAUCUUCGGCGUCAUUCAUAGAUAUCUCCACCUCAAGUCACUGUCCCCUGAGGAGCGUAAGAAGGUCGUUCCACGUGUCUCCAUCUUUGGAGGCAAGGCCGCCCCCGGCUACUGGAUGGCGAAGCAGAUUAUUCAUCUGGUCAACGCUGUUGGCUCUGUGGUGAAUAAUGACGAGGAUAUUGGAGAUCUCCUCAAGGUUAUCUUCUUGCCUGACUACAACGUCAGCAAAGCUGAGAUUAUCACCCCUGCAUCGGACCUUAGCGAGCACAUUUCUACUGCAGGCACCGAGGCAUCUGGUACCAGCAACAUGAAAUUUGUUCUGAAUGGUGGUCUCAUCAUCGGCACUUGCGAUGGUGCCAAUAUCGAAAUUACUCGCGAGAUUGGCGAGAACAACAUCUUCUUGUUUGGCAAUCUCGCUGAAGAUGUCGAAGAUCUCCGACACAGUCACCAGUACGGCUCUCAUGAGAUUGACCCUGACUUGCAGAAAGUGUUUACCGAGAUUGAGAAGGGCACCUUUGGCUCGGUCCAUGACUUUAGCGCCCUGGUCGCCGCUGUCCGUGAUCACGGUGACUACUACUUGGUGUCUGACGACUUUCACAGCUACAACGAGACUCACAAGCUGGUGGAUGAGGCGUAUCAGAACCAGGAGGAAUGGAUCAAGAAGUCAAUUACCUCUGUUUCUCGCAUGGGAUUUUUCAGCAGCGACCGCUGCAUUGACGAGUAUGCUGAGAGCAUCUGGAACGCAGAGCCUCUUGUCGUCCAUGAUUAG